UUUUUUUUUUUUUUUUAACCCCGCGAUGUACUGUAAAAAGACUCCAUAACGCCGCUAUUUGAGGAGAAUUGAACAGGCUCAUAUACAUGAAUUCUUGAAUAAGAAUCAAAAUUGACAGUCCAUAUCUACAGACAGUGAAUUAAACCAUAGUCAAAAUGGGCAAAAAGGACAAGAAGAAGACCGCAGAGCACAAAGAGCGGGUAGCAGCGAAGCAAUCCAAGAAAACCGCCAAGUCAGAGAAGAAGACCAAGACCAAGGGACGAGAUGCAGACAGCGAUGCAGAGGAAGCUGAUCUGGACGCCAUCCUGGCGCAGUAUGCAGAGGAUCAGGCUAAAUUCCUCAAAGUCACUGAGGUUGUGUCGGGGCCUCCAUCGCCGCGAUCUUCUGCUACGGUGCUUGCUUCUCCGUCGAACCGGAAUGAGCUUUUGAUUUAUGGGGGUGAAUACUUUGAUGGGAACUUGGCGACUUUCUUCAACAAUCUUUUUGUUUAUUUGAUUGAUCGGGAUGAGUGGAAGGAGGUUACUAGUCCGAAUAGUCCCCUGCCGAGAAGUGGACAUGCUUGGUGUCGUGGAGGGAAUACUGGAGGUGUAUAUCUAUUCGGAGGUGAAUUCUCAUCGCCAAAGCAAGGCACAUUCUAUCAUUACAACGACUUUUGGCAUCUCGACCCCUCAACUAGGGAAUGGACUCGCAUAGAGACCAAGGGCAAGGGUCCCCCAGCCAGAAGUGGUCAUAGAAUGACUUACUACAAGAACUACAUCAUCCUCUUCGGUGGAUUCCAAGAUACCGCACAGCAGACCAAGUAUCUGCAGGAUUUGUGGGUAUACGACUGCUCCAGAUACACCUGGUUCAACCCAACCCUGUCAACAGCAUCAAUGAAGCCUGAUCCCCGCUCAUCCUUCACUUUCCUGCCCCACGAAACCGGCGCAGUUCUGUACGGUGGAUACUCACGCGUCAAGGCAUCCGUUGGCGCAGGAAAACAAAAAGGCGGUCCCCAGCGUAUGACCAUGAAGCCUAUGGUUCACCAAGACACCUGGUUCCUCCGAAUCACCCCUCCCGCGCCGGACGCUCCAAUGACUGCCCCGCCUACUCUCCGCUGGGAGCGAAGAAAGAAGCCCGCCAACGCGCCGAACCCACCUCGCGCAGGAGCUACCAUGGCUUACCACAAAGGAAGAGGUAUCAUGUUCGGCGGUGUGCAUGAUGUCGAACUCAGCGAGGAGGGCAUCGACAGCGAAUUCUUCGACUCACUAUACACAUGGAACCUCGACAGGAAUCGUUUCUUCCCGAUGGGUUUGCGACGCCCACGAGCACCCGGAAAGAAGCAACUCGCCAACCAGGUGAAGUCCAAGGACCGGAGUAAAGCCGAUGAGGAGGAGCUCUUGCAGAAUUUGAAAGCCCUCGAAGCGAAGGGCGGCUUCCGAGCUGAAGACGACGAGGAAUUACAGCCGGCUGCGCCCAAGGUCGAAGAAGAGCCAGAAGAGCCACAGAAGCCGGCUAUCGUGCGUUUCGAGAUGCCCCACAGACGCUUCAAUGCACAUCUUGCCGUGCAGGAUGAUACUCUCUUCAUCUUCGGUGGUACCUUUGAAAAGGGUGAUCGGGAAUUUACAUUUAAUGACAUGUACUCGAUUGAUCUGGUCAAACUGGAUGGCGUGAAGGAGGUCUUCUACAACGAGCCCGAGAACUGGAACCUCCUCAACGAGGCAGAGAGUGACGACGAAAUGGAUGAGGAUGAAUAUGAGGACGAUGAAGAAGAAGACGAGGAUGCAAUGUCUCUGGAUACCGGUUCUCCCGCUCCUACCGAUGUGACAGUGCCAUCUGUAACCCGUGAGAUGGAACAACUCGAGGUGGAAGAACAAGAAACAGAACCAUCUGCAAACGACAGCAAACCCAUCCCGCGUCCAUUCGAGAGCUUGCGCGAGUUCUUCAGCCGUACCUCUGAGGAAUGGCAGAAUGUCCUCAUGGAAACGCUGAAAACAAAGGGUCUGACACUCGAAAAGAACAUUAAAGAAUUACGCAAAGAUGCGUUCAAUAUGGCAGAGGAGAAAUGGUGGGAUAGCAGAGAAGAAGUCAUGGCUCUCGAAGACGAGCAAGAGGCUGCUGGAAUUGGAGAAGUCGUCAGUAUUGCUGACCGGGGCGAUAACGCUGGUGGUGGUGCUGGACGCCGGAGGUAAAGAAAAAGCUAGAAUUUCUGAUAUCAAAUACCAUUUACAUAUAUCCAAAAUGUUAAACAAGAUGAAUUCCUG